UUCCCCAAGACAGGUGCUUGCAGGUAUUACGGUAGGAGAAAUAGGAGUUUAGACAUGACAUAUACCCCGUGCCAUGCUGCAAAGAUCCGGAUCAUGAAUGAUAAAGACAUUAUGCAUCCAUGAAUGCAAAAUACACACUGACAAAGUCUUCAAUUUUGCCCCGUGUGUUCGGACCUGGUAACGAUAGACGCCAAUAUGGCGGACAAUGGGAGCUAUUGGCACUGUCCCAUGGUCUGAAAGAACAACUGCUUCACGUCAUCGCUGUUGACGCAAUUCAUGAGGAGAUCGAUGCAUCUACGUUAUGAAAACAAUAUUUACACAUAUGUUUGUUUUCAAUGGUUAAAAUGUGAAAACUUGAUCGUAUAAUUGUGCCAAUUACUGAAUGAACUUUGGGUCGGCUUUGUUAUUGUGUCAAAAUGACCCAUGCCAAGUCGAUGUCAUGAGGGUGAUUCAAUGUUGACAUUUGUACAACAACACAGGUGAAUAUUUCACACAACUCGGCGUGUUUACGUGGUUCAUGUAAACACACAUAAAUAUCGAGACAAUGUCACAGUAUAAGUCUGACAACUCCAAGAAGAAGAAACAACCUCCCAGAGUUUUAGCAAAUCGAUAUGAAAUUGUUAAAAAACUUGGGAAGGGUAACUUUGGGACGGCAUACCUCUGUAAGGAUUUGAGACAGAAGAACUGUACAGAUGGAUCUGAUUUGAAGGUGCUGAAGGAAAUCUCAAUAGGGGAGUUACAGCCAGAUGAGACAGUGGAAGCUGCGAAGGAGGCACGUGUCUUAUCCAAACUCAUGCACCCCAGCAUCGUCAAGUUUCACGACAGCUUUAUUGAUGGGGAUGUGUUCUGUAUCAUCACUGAGUAUUGUGAGGGAGGAGAUUUGGACAUGAAGAUCAAUGAUUUAAAGAAGAACAAGAAACUGUUUGAUGAGAAAACGGUGCUGGACUGGUUUGUCCAGCUUGUACUUGCCGUCCACUACAUGCACACACGCAGGGUAUUACACAGAGACCUCAAAACCAGAAAUAUUUUCCUUAAGAAAAAUAUGAUUAAAAUUGGUGAUUUUGGAAUAUCCCGGAUAUUGAUGGGAACCACAGACCUAGCAUCAACCUUCACUGGAACUCCAUACUACAUGAGUCCUGAGGUUCUCAAACAUGAGGGCUACAACUCCAAGUCAGACAUAUGGUCUAUAGGCUGUAUCCUGUAUGAGAUGUGUACCCUGAGCCAUGCAUUUGACGGCACCAGUUUGAUGGGGGUCAUGUAUAAAAUUGUUGAGGGAGAACUACCCAAACUUCCUGAUAGGUUCUCCAAAGAUCUUAAUCGGAUAAUGGUGUUAAUGUUAAGUAAAGACCCAGCAAAACGACCAUCUGGGACUGACUUAUUGAAGGAACCUCUUAUAGCCAACCAUAUAGCUAAAAUGUCUAAGGAUUACCAAGCUCGUAAUCAAGACAAUGCCAGCACAGAGGCUGAGGAGAUAGCACGAUUAUUACGUGAGAAAUCACACCUGAGUGAUCUGCGAUUGACUGAGGAGGAGGUCAAGUACAAAAACCUGCCCCCACGAGAGAGGAUGAGGUUGAGAAAGAUGGCUCAGGCAGACGAGGAUGCUCUGAGACUCAAGGAGGUCGCCAAAGUACAACUUAUAGCAAACCAGGAGAGGAAAUCGAAGAUAAAGAGUCACCUCAAUAAAACAACAGUUCCAGCCUGGCAGGGAGGUGCAGGGGAGGGGAAAAUAUUUGAAGGAGCUCCCCGUAGGAAUUCCUCCACAUCAUCGGAGCCAGAGAGUCCUCCCGCAAUAACCGUCACUCCAGCUCAUUUCAAAACAGCACCAGUACCUAGAUAUCUAGCAGAUGAUGCUGAAGAUGAACGGGAAACAUUAAAAUUCAGACCAUCAAAAACAGUAGACCAAGCUCAAUUAUCGUCAGUCAUCUUGGGUCCAGACGAAAGACCUAUUACACCUUUACGAGAUAAAAUGGUUUACGAUGUGAAAAAUUCAUCUUUAGACUUCAGAGAUGGUAUACCAGAGAGCCCAGAGCUUGCUGACACUUAUUAUAGCCAGUAUGAAGACUUUACUCAGAAUUCUGACUCGGACUCGAACUCUGAAGACGAAAAUCAGUUGACCGUAGUUGAAAAAAAUGAUAGCACGCUCAAGGCCAAAAACUUGACUGUCAAAUCAAAAGGAAGUGACACUGUGAUUGGUCAUUCUAACGAUGAGGAUUCCUUCUUCAACUGUCUCCAGGAUGUGUUAGAACAGGGCGAUGAUGCUGAGUCAACAAUGACCUUGGCAGAUGACAUUGAGGCUGGUGCAUUUGGCCCGGUAGCCCGGGAACAGAAGAUUAAAAACCUUAGAUUAGAAUGUGAGAAGAUGCUCGGAAAAGAUGCGUUUGAAAAGGCGUACAGUUAUCUGAAGGACGCACGAUACAACGACAAAUCGGCUGAAGAAGACAUCAUGGCAGGACUGCGACAUUUUGUAAAAAAUCCCAGUGACUGUUUUCUUGUUGAUCAACUGUUAUUUUUAGAAGAACAAGCCAAGUUAGCGGCCAAAGCAUCCUAAGUCAAAACCAUGAAUGGCCAUAACGUUUCAUGAUUGCUGAUGACUACCGUGAAGAAGCUGUUCAUGUAUUACAAUAUUGUGUAACUGCGUACUGCAAAUCUCUUUAGUUUUAAGGAUAUCAUUAUUUCACUUGUAUACUACCUUUGAAUCUCUUUGAAAAUAGUGCUAUUGAUAUUUCAGCAGUGUUACAUACAAAAUGUAGAAGUUUCCCAAAUUUCUGAUCUCAGAUCAAUAGGAAAGAUAAUCUGAGAAGGAAUAAAGACGUAUGUAGCGUACAGGCAGAGAUUUGAAAUUGUGUAUUGAAUGCUUGUAUGAGUGACGUUAUUGUGUGAAUUUUCAAGGUCAUGAAGUCAAUGUUGACGUGGCAACCAUUAGUGCACUUGUUAUGGUGGGCAUUACACUUUCACAGUUUCUGACAAUGAAUACAAUGGAUAAGGUUGGUUUGGAGGUAAACAAUAUAGUUUGAAAGUCCAGAACAGUUCUUUUCCAUUAAAAGAACAUUGGCUCCAAGGUUGAAGUGAGAACAGUUCUAGAUUGACUGCUCAGUUGAAAAAAGUUAAUUCAAUGCUUGUUUGUAUUUCAGUAUUGUUUUUUGUAACAUAUAUCAUGCAGAUAUUUGGCGAUUAAGAAAUGAUUAAAUACAAUGGUAUGAGUAUUUCUCCUUCUGCUGAUUUUUUGUUGAUGAAUGACUUCCAGUACAGGGUCUUUCCAUUUUGUGGAGUCUUAAUCAUCUGAAUGUUUUUAUUUGAUGCAAUAAGCUCAGAAUCACUCAAGUGUUUGUUUAGGUAUAUUAAAUUCAUGUGCAUUUUAAGCAUUUUAUUGAAGUUGAUUGUGAAUAAGACACAUUUUAUAUACGUGUAUGGAAGUACUAUGGUUGUUUGUAAACACUGUGUUGUGUUGUGUUGGAUAUAUGUACAGUGGAACCGUUCUUGUUAGACGAGACACUUCAUACUUUUUUUUAUAAAUUGUAAAUAUUGGGAAAUAAGUAUACAAGAAUUGGUAAUUCAGUAUGAUUGAGUUCCAAAUGUAAGAUCUUCAGAGAUUUUAGAUUUAUGGUGUCUUGAUGACAAUGUUCCUCUGUGUCUUGUUUUAUUACGGAGAAUUUAGAUUUAUGGUGUCUUGAUGACAACGUUCCUCUGUGUCUUGUUUUAUUAUGGGGAUUUUGUAGGAUUAAGUUAUUAUGUUCACAAAUAUUUAUUUUUCAUAAGAUGCAAGUAACAUUCCUUUUUUAUAAGAUGCAAGUAACAUUCCUUUUUACAUGUGUGUUUUAAAAGUGCAUACACCUUAUUGCAGUCUGUGCAUCUAUAUUCCUUUUCUCUUAAAAAACAUGGAUAUGCAGCUUUCAGCAUCCUGGAAUUUAUAUUAAUGACAUUUCCAAGUGUACUUGCAGCUGUUGUCAAUUAACACAUAAAGAAGGAUUCUUUGUUGUCAGUAAACAAAUUAAGAAGGAUGCAUUAUCUACCAUCAUUUUUGGAAUGAUUUAAAAUUUGGUUUGAAAUUUACCAGGAAACAUGAAAUACACCAAGCAAUGUUCAUAAACUUAACCAAAUCAUUCGGUAUAACAUUGUUACUAAGUAUUUUAUUCUUUUAAAAAGGAAGAAAAAAACGUUGAGUUCCAUCAUUCCAACAAUCGUAAGUCCAGUUUUCCUGUUACUAAGCUAGUAUUUCGUGGUCUGCGCACCACAUUUUUAUACAGAAUUGUCAUGGUAACUCACUCAGUGUUCAGACACUCUACUAUGGAAAAAGAUGGCUGCACUUACCACACUUGACUGGAUGAUAUUCAUACUGAUUUUGAUCUGUCCAUUUUAACUCAUUCACCCUUGAAAUUUCAUAAUGAACUAUUCCAACCUUUGAAUUGGAAGAGUUCAAAUGAGUCUUCUGGUGACUGGGUUGGUCCUUGUGCAACCCUGCAUUCAGAUUAAGUCCUUCGAUGGUGUACAAAAAAUUCCAAUAAUUCUGCUUAUAAUGGUUGUCAGUGCCUGUUGAUUAAAAUAUCCUGAAUUCAUAUCAGUACUUGAUCAAGAUAAAGAGCACCUUGAUUACUUCAUUUCAUGAGAAAAUCAUAUUCAUUUUCCUCAAAUGCAUUAAUUGUGCAAAAACCUUUUAUUAUAGGUAAUGAUAUGUUAAUCUAAUAUUAAAAGGUUUGUGGAGUGUUUUCAUGUGUCAUUUAAUUAAUAAAAGCUUAAAAAUUAGUAAAACAAAUUGUAAAAAUUUCAUUUAUAUUUUACAUUAUCAUAAUGGAUUCAUUUCAGAUAGUUGAAAUUUACAUACAGCACACAUUAAAUUGUUGAGAAAUUCACAAA